CCUUCUUUCCAUUCGCGCCUCUCAGUCACACGCUCCUCCCAGGGCACGCACCUUCCUAGCACGGAGCUCCUACAAGUCCGCGUUUCAAAUCCACUGCCCAGAAAUCCAUCUUUGACGCUUUUCCUCACCUCUCAUCCAAAUCAAAAUAUAAAUUUACAUUAUAAUUAAAAGUGGUGCUCUAUCACACAUUCAACCAAGACAUCGUUAAGAUCUUCAGCUAGCAUCUGUGCCUCCUGCUUGGGUGGUAUGGCUGGGUGGUGUUGGUGCUUGUUGAUGGUGCUGGGGGUGACGGGAGAGGUCUUUGGCUCCAGUACAGUUGACUCAACUUGCGCAUCUACAUCAUAUUUUAAGGUGCUGUUCAACCAGACGGAGGCAGUCCAGUACGUGGAGUACGUGGCCGAGAUGCCUGACUUGUCCGGCUUUACAUUACACUACUGGAUCCAUCUCCUAGAACCCUCCAGCUUCGUCUGUCCCUUCGCCUACAUCAACGAGGCCGACGACACAUCUAUCCAAGUGCUUGUGGUACGAUCUGAAUUAUCAUGGACGUGGGUGAUACAGGUGAACGGCGUAGUGGUAAGCUUGGUCACCUCCCCCGUCAGCCUAGUGGGGAAGUGGCACCACGUCCUCCAUUCCUGGCACUCCCACUCCGGCAACUGGAGCUUCUACUUGGACGGACAUUUGGUCGACUCUGGCAUCAACCUUGAGACAAAAGGGAUGACGGUGAGUGGUGGAGGGCGGGCGUACUCCGGGCAGAGAUACAACGCUAUCACCAGCAGCGAACCUUGUGAUGAGGGAGUGCACGGCUGGCUCACCUUACUGGGACUCGACACUCGGGGAAUACAGCGCGCCGAGCACUGGAUGAGCCGCCUGAUGGUGACAGUCUUGGUUGAUGGGUGCAGCCCGGAGCAGGGUGGCGACAUCCUUACCUGGGACUACACGCCCAGGCAGGGGUACGGCGGUGUCAUGACAACACGCGCCAACACCACCUGUGGUCAUUUCUAAACUAUUCCUUCACCAUUAAAUAUAAAUGAAGGACAAGAGAAGAAAUAAAUAGACAUAUCAUAAUGUGUGUAUGUACAGUCGGGGUCAAAAGUCUUGAACACUUAGCACUAUCUGGCAUCUACUUCUGAGUUAUACA